GAGAGGGAGGGAGAGAGAGAGAGAGAGAGGGAGGGAGAGAGAGAGUCACGCAAUACGCAAGGCACAUCACGACAAGAAGUCUGAAAUCUGCCCAGUCGAAGACUCCUCUUGCCUCUCUCUCCUUGUCACUGCUCUUCCGCUUAACCAGAGGAGAGGGGGAAAAAGAGAGAGAGAGAGAGAGAGAGCAAGAACGAGCGAGCGAGAAAGAGAGAAAAGGAAGAAGAGAGAGUCGUCGAGAGCCCACACUGCUUCUCCUCCUCCUCCGUGGCUGCGUGAGCGAGGGAGGGUGUUUUUUCUCUCUCUGUCUCUCUCUUUCUCUGCAUUUGUUUGGUGCGGAGCCGCGGAGACAGAAGGCAGCUGAAGCCGGUGCCUAGUCUCUGAAGAGGCCAGGAUGCUAAACAACGUGACAGACGGAGAAGAGGGGGAUGGAGGACCCAACAGUCAGGGUGAUGGAAACCCCAAAGAGAGUAGUCCGUUCAUCAACAGCACCGGCAGCAGUGACGUGGAGAAGAGCCAGCAGUAUGAUGGCAAAAACAUGGCCCUGUUUGAGGAGGAGAUGGACACCGUGCCCAUGGUGUCCUCUCUGCUCAGCAGCCUGGCCAACUACUCCAACCUGACCCAGGGCAGCAAGGAGCAUGAGGAGGCCGAGAACAACGAGGAGCCCCGCAAGAAACCAGCCAGUCAGGCUCCCCAGCUGGGGACAGUGAUGGGAGUGUACUUCCCAUGCAUGCAGAACAUCCUGGGGGUUAUCCUCUUCCUCAGGAUGACCUGGCUGGUGGGCAUCGGAGGAGUCCUGGGCACCUUCAUCAUCGUAUUCAUGUGCUGCUCAACGACCAUGUUAACAGCAAUCUCAAUGAGUGCUAUUGCCACAAAUGGAGUCGUGCCGGCUGGAGGCUCCUACUACAUGAUCUCGCGGUCGCUGGGUCCUGAGUUUGGGGGUGCCGUGGGGAUCUGUUUCUACCUGGGCACCACCUUCGCCGGAGCCAUGUACAUCCUGGGCUGCAUCGAGAUCCUGCUGAUCUACAUCGUGCCAGCAGCGGCCAUCUUUAAGAUGGAGGGUCUGGAGGGCCCCGAGGCGGAGGCGGCGCUGCUCAACAACAUGCGCGUGUACGGCACCAUCGUCCUCUCACUCAUGUCCCUGGUGGUGUUCGUCGGCGUCAAAUACGUCAACAAGCUGGCUCUGCUCUUCCUGGCCUGUGUCAUCUUCUCCAUCCUCGCUGUCUACGCGGGCGUCAUCAAGUCCUCUGUUGACCCUCCUUUCUUCCCAGUGUGUAUGCUGGGCAACCGGUCUCUGCUGUCGAAGGGCUUUGAUGUGUGUGCCAAGACCAUCGAGCAGGCCAAUGGCACGGUCACCACCAAGCUCUGGAAGCUGUUCUGUGACUCGGAGUUCCUGAACGCAACCUGUGACGAGUACUUCACCAACAACAACGUCUCCAUCAUUCAGGGCAUCCCAGGGGUCACCAGCGGAAUCCUCGCAGAGAACCUGUUUGGUACUUACCUGGAGAAGGGUGACCUCGUUGAAAAGCGCGGCCUUCCUUCCUAUACCGACCCUGACUCUCCGUUGACCAACCUCAACCGUUUUGUGCAGGCCGACAUCAACACUUUCUGGACCCUGCUGGUCGGCAUCUACUUCCCCUCCGUCACAGGCAUCAUGGCCGGCUCCAACCGCUCUGGUGACCUGAAGGAUGCUCAGAAGUCCAUUCCCAUCGGCACCAUCUUGGCCAUCACCACCACCUCUUUCAUCUACAUCUCCUGUGUGAUUCUGUUUGGAGCCUGUGUAGAGGGCGUCGUGCUCAGAGACAAGUUUGGAGAAGGUGUCGAUGGGAAUCUUGUCAUUGGCACAUUAGCCUGGCCAUCCCCAUGGGUGAUUGUGAUUGGCUCCUUCUUCUCCACCUGUGGGGCGGGGCUUCAGAGUCUUACAGGAGCGCCACGCCUUUUGCAGGCCAUAGCCCGAGAUAGCAUCAUACCCUUCCUCAGGGUGUUUGGCCACGGCAAGGCCAACGGCGAGCCCACCUGGGCCUUGCUCCUCACCGCCGGCAUCUGCGAGAUUGGCAUCAUCAUCGCCUCUCUGGACGCUGUGGCGCCCAUUCUCUCCAUGUUCUUCCUGAUGUGCUACAUGUUCGUGAACCUGGCCUGUGCUCUGCAGACCCUCCUGAGGACGCCCAACUGGAGGCCUCGCUUCAAGUUCUACCACUGGGCCCUGUCCUUCCUCGGCAUGAGUUUGUGUCUGACACUUAUGUUCCUCUGCUCUUGGUACUAUGCCCUAGUUGCCAUGGUGAUUGCUGGAUGCAUCUACAAAUACAUUGAGUUCUGUGGUGCGGAGAAAGAGUGGGGUGAUGGGAUACGCGGUAUCUCUCUCAGCGCCGCCCGCUUCGCCCUGAUGCGACUGGAGGAGGGACCUCCACACACCAAGAACUGGAGGCCGCAGAUCCUGGUGCUGGUCGGCGUUGAUGCAGAGCAGAAUGUGGAGCAGCCGCGUCUGCUCUCCCUGACCAACCAGCUGAAGGCUGGAAAAGGUCUGACCAUGGUGGGCACGUCGGUGGAGGGCACCUACCUGAACAACCACCCCCAGGCUCAGAAGGCAGAGCAGUCCUUGAAGAAGCUGAUGGAGAGUGAGCGGCUGAAGGGCUUCUACCAGGUGGUGAUCUCCUCUAAUCUACGCGACGCCACGUCCCACCUGAUCCAGGCCAGCGGGCUGGGCGGCCUGCGGCACAACACAGUGCUGGUCAGCUGGCCACGCAACUGGAAGCAGGCCGAGGAGCACCACCGCAUGAAGAACUUCAUCGAGAUUGUCAGGGAGACUACCGCAGGUCACUUGGCCCUUUUGGUUCCUAAGAACAUCUCAGCAUACCCAUCCAACGGAGAGCGCUUCACUGAGGGACACAUCGAUGUGUGGUGGAUCGUGCAUGAUGGAGGCAUGCUGAUGCUGCUGCCAUUCCUUCUCCGGCAACACAAGGUGUGGAGGAAGUGCAAGAUGCGCAUUUUCACUGUGGCCCAGAUGGAUGACAACAGCAUCCAGAUGAAGAAGGACCUCAUGACCUUCCUGUACCACCUCCGUCUUGACGCCGAAGUGGAAGUGGUGGAGCUGCAAGACAGUGAUAUCGCGGCCUACACCUAUGAGAAGACCCUGGUGAUGGAGCAGAGGUCGCAGAUCCUCAAGGAGAUGCACCUCACCAAGAACGAGCGCGAGAGAGAGAUCCAGAGCAUUACAGACGUGUCCCGUGGCUCCAUCCGUCGGAAGCACCCCACCACCCUGAGGACCCAGCAGAGCACAGGCGAUGAGUCGGCCGCCGGCGGUGCCGAGGGCAAGCCGGAAGAGGAGUCUUUCCGUGUCUCCCGUGCACGACAGGUGCAGCUCCUCCAGGGUAAGAACGCCACCCCCACCCCCACGUCCCCGACCUCCCCCACCGCGCCCACCCCAGGAUGCACCACCCCUGGGGAGGAGGUGCAGAUGACCUGGACGGAUGACGGGGACAAGGGCAAGAAUCCGGCCGUCGCCCAUCCAGACAACAUCAAGGAUAUGUUUAACAUGAAACCUGAGUGGGAGACCCUGAACCAGACCAAUGUGCGUCGUAUGCACCACGCGCAGAAGCUCAAUGAGGUCAUUGUGAAAAAGUCCCAGGAGGCUAAGCUUGUUCUCUUGAAUAUGCCUGGACCUCCAAAGAACCGCAUGGGAGAUGAGAACUAUAUGGAAUUCCUGGAGGUUCUGACAGAGGGUCUCAAUCGGGUCCUCCUGGUGCGUGGCGGUGGACGUGAGGUCAUCACCAUCUACUCCUGAGAGGCUGGUCGUGUUUUCUCAAGCCCCUCCCCCCUCCCUCACCACCACCACCACCACCCCACUGCCCUCAUCUCUACAGUGGACUCUGCCCAAGUCAGCUCCACGUUCAGACCCAGCACCUGUAAUAUAAAGACCUGGCCAUGUCCCACCAUGAGCAAUACUCUAUCCACAUAUCAAAUCAUGUUGCACUACAUCGUCAGGUAACCUCCCCAAUCACACACCUGCUCAACAUGUACCUGCACUCUUCUGGCACUGUAACCAGUGUAACCCCCCCCACACACGCACACACAGUAACUCCCUCUCUCCGCCUCUCGACGGAUCUCUUACUUUUUAAAGAAAACAAAAGAGCUGUAAUCUCUGGUUUUGUUAUUCUCCUAGUGGUCAGAGUGAUCAACUUUUUUCGUGUUAGCUUGGUGUUUUUGUUCCCUCAGUACAUGGGUUAGUUUGGCUGAGAGGCUUUUUCCUCAUUUGCUCCUCAUCACUGGGGAUGCACUGGAUCCCAAAGACUGAUCGAACCUAACCAAACACUCCUCUUUAUCUCUCUCUCUCUCUCUUACUCUCUGUAUCCUCUGCAGAACAACUCAAUAGCUUUUCACUGCUGACGUGUACUAUUAGGCUAUAUGUGAACAUUUCUUGUAUUUUUAUUUUAGAAAAAAAAAAAAAAACGAGACAGAUGUUUGUGAAAUUUCUCAAAGUUACUGAAUGAGGUGAGGUGGAAUUUACGCUGAUCAAGAUGUCUUCCAGUGGAGGCCUGGGGUCGUGUAGGAGCACAGGCGCUAUCACAGACUGACUACUAGAGAAUAUAGUAUCGAUUUUGCACUGCUGCAACACUAGAGUGGUGGCGUUUAGGAAAACUACAGGGACUUAUAUGGGAUUAGCCAGAUGUUUAUGAUGUCGCCAGCCAGCCGCCAGCGUGGCGCUCAUGCACAGAGUGUGAAACUCAUGCACUUUGCUUCAAUCUCACAAAAAAAAUGCACUCCACACGCGCUCACUUCACACACUCGAUGUUUGACACCCCACCUCUGAUUGAAGUUGUUAGAAGUCUCACGGAAGACAUGUCCCCAACACCUCUCUAAAAACAAGAAGGGUUUUUGAAGAUUUAUUAAGAACGUUUUAAAAUUGAAGAGCAGAGUUGCAGUUGGAUGCCAAACAGAGAGUGGGGGGAACAGCAGGCACAUGCCAUGUGUCUCUACUUUUUCAGAGCUCCUGUUUGUAUCUGUUGUAUCAUUGCUUUUCUUACUCCUUCUAGCCACCGCCAUCACUUGCAUGUUGAUGCUGAUCUGUGUGUUAAUUGUACUGAAAUGACCUGAUUUUGCUACAGUGUGUUAGUGUGUCCAAUUCCCCCCCUCAUGAUAGACAGCUUUGCCAUGUGUCCUGGGCAGAUGAGCCAGAGUGUGUGUGUGUGUGUGUGUGUGUGUGUGCGUGCGUGCGUGUUCGUGUUAAAGAGUGUGUGUGUGUGUGGUGUCAUGUUAAAGUGUGUUAUCCUCAUAUACGUGACUGAAUGUGCAUGUGUGUCCACAUGUCGUCCAGUAUGUGUGUCUGUGUAUGUGUUUGUCAGGAGACCAGACUGAAAGCAGCUCCUACUGCAGUGUUGUGACUGAGCACAGUGCCAAAGAGAGAUGUGCAAGGAGAGAGAGAGAGAGAGUGAGAUUGAGAGAGUGAGAGAGAGAGAAAGAAAGAGAGAGAGAAAGAGAAAGAAAGAGGGAGACAGAGAGGGAGAAAGAGAGAGAGAGGGAGACAGAGAGGGAGAGAAAGAAAGUGGUUCUGGCCCACAUCUGCCUGUAUGAGGGUGAGAGAGGUGUGACGCUGAGAUGCUGUGAGAAACUCAACACAAGCGCAGGACGCCGCGGUGCCGCAGCUCUGAAGGAUGAUGUUUGGCAGAGCGGAGGCGUCCCGGUAAAAAUGAAACGCAGAGAGAGAGAGAGAUAGAUAGAUAGGAAAAUGGAGGAAAGAGGCAUCUGGUGUGGGUUGAGGAAACAUGUUGUCGAUCUGACCAGGGCCUGAGAUACUGUGAAGCGCCUAUAGCGCCCCCCCCCCCCCCCAUAUCUGUAAAUAGCUUUCGUGUUGUCCGAAUCACUCCCCAGACUGCAGAGGAUUCGGCCACUGAUGUGCGCCCCAUCAGGGCUGCAUCCAUAUUAGAGUCAGACACUAUCUGGGUCAACGCUAGCAAGCUGUUUUAUGACCAUCAGCUGCCUGCAGUGAAAUGUUUUUCUUCACUCCAGAGCUUUCUGGACUUCAAAGCCCCAUUUAUGUUUGUUUUUAAUCUCCAUGCCCUUUAUUGAUGGCAAUUUGGGUGCAUACCUGAACAUAAAAUAAAAAAAAAUAUUAUAAAGGGGUCCAAUAUAUAUGUGAAUCAUGUGUGGGUAAAGCCAAAUACAAAGUUAUGUGAGUUAAAUUUAUAACAAAACCCCCUGCUAACAAUAGCUAUACAGUGUGUUGUAUUGCAUGUACAGAAUGCUCAGCGUCUAAAUGAAAAAAAGAAAAUAUUUUGUAUAUGUGUAAUUGAUCCAUUUAUAGACACAAUAUUUAUUUUCCUUCAUAAUCAUUUUUAGCAGACUGCCAUUUAUAGUUACAAAUUUGAAUUCUUGCCAAAUCACAGAAUUAUACAAAGUGUGCCAUACAGAUGAAAGAAAUCAAUUAGAUAGAUAGAUAGAUAGAUAGAUACUUUAUUGAUCCCUAAGGGGAAAUUCAAGAUUUUUAUAAAUUAUGAGAAAUACUUUCAAUAUUCUGGGUUUAUAUUCCAUAUUUUUCCAUAGCUUAUUAGAUAGUAGCAUAUCAUAUAUAGUAUUACCAUGAAUUUAUCAAUGAAAUGCAUUCAUUUGUUGUCUAAAAGAAACGCGCCAUAGCCAAUUCACCAUUUAACAUAAUGCACUGAUUGGUUGGGGUAUACAGAUUUGACUAAAUAACCGAUGUAGU